UCUUAGAGUCGUACUUGUGAAAGAGAGACGGAGCUACAUGGGAACUUAUUAGAUAACCAAUUCUCCUGUUGGCCACCUCAUAGAGGGAAUAAGAGAGGGACAGAGUGUACCUGCGAUGGUCGACACACAGGUGUUCCAUUCAAACUCAGCCCUGCAAGUGACAGAGAUGGCAUAUAGGAAAGUGCGUGCUGGCCACGGUUCUCUCCGUGUGCGAGAUCUGGAGAGUGAGGAGCUUCACACCGCUUCCAUGGAACUGGAAUGGGACAUGGAGAAGGAGCUGGAGGAACCGGGUCUGGACCGCUUUCAGUUGGAGUGUAUGGAUCAUCAACCUGUGAGCAGCUCUUCGGGAGGUGGCAUGGACCCAGACCUGGAACCAAUUCAACCCUCCGUCUCCCCCCACGGACGUUUUGAGCGUCUCCAGGAGGACCCUAAUUAUGUUUCUCGUUUCACCCGGUCGGCACCCAAGGGCCAGAUACGGAAUGGGACCUGCCUCGCCAAAUACUUGCUAGCAGGGAUGGGAGUGUUUGCUCUGGGGCUGCUGAUUGGACGAUAUGCCUUCAGCAAGGAGCAGGUGAAGGUAGAGCCAAGUGCAGACACAGACGUGCUGGAGAAGAUUGUUCAGGGAAUCACAGCAGAGAAGAUACAAGCACUGCAGAGGGACUUUGACAGCUUGUCUGAUCUCCCAGAAGAGUCCAAGGUCAAGUACAUUGCUCAGCGGUGGGAAGAUCUGGGAUUAAAAAAUGUCAAGGUGACCAAUCACAUGGCUCUUCUGAGCUAUCCCGGACCCAACCUCAGCACAAUCAUCGAUACGAGCAGAAACCAAUGUUACCUGCCUAGCGGAAUGAGGUGUGACCAGCCGUUUGCAUCCACGACUGAACCAUUUGCCUUUGCAGCCUAUUCGGCUGUGGGAAAUCUAGUGGCAGAGGUGGUGGACGUUCAAUAUGGGAGCCCAGAGGAUUUGAGACGAGUCCAAGCUAGUGCAAAUGUGACCAAUAAAAUAGCACUGCUGAAACUUGGACAAUUUCCUUUGCUUUAUAAGCUCUCUCUUCUGUCAGAGGUGGGGUUUGGUGGCUGUCUUCUCUAUGUGGAUCCCUGUGACGCCCCAUUUGGAAAUAAGACCUUUGGGGUGACCUUGAACCCAGGUGGGAACCUGUUUUCUCAAGAAGACUCCAGAAGUGCUGGAAGAGACAGUCGCCACAACUUGACAUCAUUGCUGGUUCAGCCCAUCUCUGCCUCCUUAGCGAAACUGCUGCUCUCUGCCCCCGCCAUGGGGCAGGGAAGACCCUGCAUCUCUAUGGCCAUGCCCUCUGCCUCAGCAAGAAAAAUCAUAAACCUCACCAUUGAAAACCAGGCAUCCUUCAAGAUGGUGCACAAUGUUAUUGGAUAUCUCAAAGGCAAGACCAAUCCAGAUCGAUAUGUACUAGUUGGCAGUCGUCAUGGCAGCUGGUACGAGGGUGCGUUGGCAGAUUGGGGGAACGGCUCUGCAGUCAUGACUCAGAUCAUCGCCUCUAUGACGGCUCAAACUCGUGCGGGCUGGCAGCCCGACCGCACCAUUGUCUUCUGCUCCUGGGGGGGGACCUCACUGGGCAACAUCGGCUCCUUUGAGUGGGGGAAGGAGAAUGCAGUGGUUCUUCAGAGCAGGGCAGUGGCUUAUGUCAGCCUGCACAGCCCCGUCAGAGCCCCUGGAUCCCUGCAGGCAACAGUGUCACCUUCCCUUAAGCAACUGGCAACUGAUACCCAAAAGAGACAUUUGAAGAGCUGCAGAGGUGGUGGUUGUCCUGGUCCAAAUAUCAGCUCACUGCAGACACCUGGAGAUUUGAGCUUUUUCUCCAAUCAGCUUGCUGUCCCCACAGUGGAGUUCACAUACCCAGAGCUCCCUAAAACAGAGAGAGCAUUUUUUCUAUCUGAGGCCUUUACCCCUCCUGAGUCUUCAUUAAGAGACACCUUGGAUCCAGCCUUCGAACUCCAUGAGAAUAUUGCCAAGAUAACAGCCGAGGCCAUUCUGCAACUUGCUACAGAUCCCGUUCUUCCAUUUUAUCCUCUGGAUAUUGCUUUGGAUAUUCAGAACAAACUCAAAGAUGACCUACUGAGGCGGCCAGACCUGCUGAACAUGGCUGCAUCUUUGAGAGAAAACUCAGCUUUCUUCCAAUCUGAGGUCAUGCGUCCUGCCAACGAUCCCAAAGAGAGAGAUCCCGCCCAUGUACGCAUGCUCAAUGACGUACUACGAGAUCUGGAAAAAAGUUUCCUUAUCCCGAACCCACCUCCCGGCUUUUCCAGGAACAUUCUCUAUUGCUCGAGCAGACAAAAUCCACACUUUUCUAUCCUGAAGGAUGCCCUGGAUGUCCCCUGGCACAACAGCAUCAACCAGUCCCUCACUCUGGUUUCCGGCGCCAUCAGUUCAGCGGACAGACUUAUACAAAGUGGACUCGACCUGUUUGAGAAUGAAAAUGACAACCCAAACUGACAUUUGGAAAGAGACCACACCUCAUGAUGUCAAAAUACGACAUAAAUCCUGAGAUCUUCUGGUGAACACAGAAGACUUUGAAGGGAGACAUAGAGGGUAUCAUUAUUAAGUGCACUAUUAACCUGAGGUUCACCAGAGAAAUUUCUUCAGGCCAAUACUUAGUUAUUGUUUAUGUUCCUUUAAUGACGUUAAAAAAUGGUUCUAGAAAGAUUAAUGAGAAAAGGAUCAAGGAGCUGGCAGGGCCGAGACUUUUCAUUCUGACGAAAAACACCAGCAGGUUUAUCACUUAAAUUUCCAGUCACAUAAACCCAAGAGGACAAAUGGAAGUCAGGACUCAAAACAGGUUUAUUUACUGAAGCAACAUGAUAUUUGAAACGUUUAGAACAUUUUUUGAACAUAUUUUAUUUGCUUAGUAAUAUAAAGACUAGUCGGACAUUUGCAGAUAGUAAGCAGUGACCUUUGAAAAAGGAGAAAUGCUGUGACUCAAGAACAACAUGAAGUCAGACUUCAUAAUGCAUAGCGUUCUAUUACUGUAGAAGUCUGAUUGAAAAGAGAAAGCUGGAAGGAAGCACCAGCAGCAUGUGCUACUUGGACAGUCUCUCAGGGGUAUUUGUUUUAGAAUCUGUAGAAAAAAUAGAAAUGGAACAAAAAUUUUUGUUCCAAUUUUUAUUUAUUUUUUUUUUUUUUUUUCUCUCAGGUAAACCAAUUAAAGUUUAACUAAGACAGGUCAAGUCAACAAAACAAGAAGUCAGUGUAUUCAGGCAAUACAGUAAUGGUAUAGUUUAUAAAGUACUAAAGGUUUUGUGAGUAAAAGUAGUAAUAGAUUAGAGAUAGCAUUUUAGUUUAUAGUUCAUAAAUUCAAAGCGAAUAGAGGCAAGUGUUUAGGAGGUGCGAGUUGAGUUUGCAACUUGAUUGGGUCACAUUCCACUGAGGAGCCAGGAUGGCAAAUAUAUAAGCAAGGCAAACAGUGCAGGGGUAUGAUGCCAUAAUGGAGUGUGUCAUGCUAAUGUCAUCUUAUUUUUAUUUAUUUUUUAUUUUAUUUUUUUGUAUUCUGGCGCCCAGGGAUUUGUUCUCUGCAUUUGCACUUAUGUUGUUGUUUCUCUUUUAACUAUUUUGGGGGAAUUGAGGGUUUUGGGAGUAACCAAAAAUGUCCCUUUUACUUUACUUGCCUUUAAAAGGAAUUGUUCACCCGCAAAUUAAAAUUUUAUGAAAAAUUUACUCACUCUCAGGCCAUCCAAGAAGUACUGUAGGUGUGUUUUUCUUCAUCAGAACAGAACUGGAGAAAUGUAUCAUUACAUCACUUGGAUCCUCUGCAUUGAAUGGAUGCCGUCAAAAUGAGAGUCCAAAUAACUGAUAAAAAUAUAGCAAUAGUUCACAAGUAAUCCAGUGCAUCAAUUAACAUUUUGUGUAACUAAAGGCUGCUUAUUUGAAAAAAGUAAUUCCAUGUUGAACGAAUUCUGAGUAUGGGUUACUUUAUCUGUGCAUAUUUCUCUUCUGAUUCAGAUGGGAUGUUUUUUUUUUUUGUUUUUUUUUUUCAAUGGAGAAAUCAUUAUUAUGGAUAAAGAACUCAUAUUUUAGCCAGAAGUAAUAUUCUAAAACUUCUUGAUAGAUUUGAUUAUAACACGCACCUUUUUCUCUUCACAAGACAUUAAUUGAUGCAGCUGUGUGGAUUACUUGUGCAUUAUUAAGUCUUUAUCAGCUGUUCAGAUUCUCAUUCUGAUGGCACCCAUUCAUAGCAGAGGACAUAUUGAGCAAGUGAUGAAAUGCUACAUUUCUGCAAAUAUUCUGAUAAUAAAACAAAGUCAUCUACAUGGAUGGCCUGAGGGUGAGUACAUUUUCAGCAUAUUUAAAUUUGUGGGUAAACUACUCAUUUAAGUAUGAAAAACAGCUCAAUUAGAGACACAAGAUUCAGGGAAUCUAGUCUGACCCAGCUUUAAUUUAUUUGCGUGCCUUCAAAAGAGUCAUACUGUACAUGCUUUUAAAGCAGCAGUUUGCACUCAGUGGUUUAAAUACCAAACAUUUACCAAAAUAUCUCAUGCUGUGCUUAUUUUUAUUCAUAAUGUUUCAUUUGUCAAGUAUAUAU